CGGAAUAUAUAAUAACAAUAAUAAUUUAAAAAGUAAAACAAAGAAAUAAAAAUCCUGAUUUCUUGUUUUCCCUUGUUCGAAGAGAGAGAGAGAGAGAGAGAGAAGAGAAAAAUGUCUGGGGCGACAGGUCAGCCACAAGAAGAAGAUAAAAAGCCCAACGAUCAGUCUGCUCACAUCAAUCUCAAAGUGAAAGGCCAGGAUGGAAAUGAAGUAUUUUUCAGGAUCAAAAGAAGCACACAAUUGAAGAAGCUGAUGAAUGCCUAUUGUGAUCGCCAAUCUGUUGAGUUCAACUCAAUUGCCUUCUUGUUUGAUGGGCGUCGUCUCCGAGGAGAGCAAACUCCUGAUGAGCUGGACAUGGAGGAUGGGGAUGAGAUCGAUGCUAUGUUGCACCAAACUGGUGGCGCUGUGAAAACAAGUAAUUAAUGCUUGAUGGAGAGCUAAUCUACUAGGGCAUGCGGUGGUAGUAGGGUCAUGGGAUUGUUCGCAGUGAACAUAUCUAUUCCGGUCUUGUUUUGCUAUAUCAGCUCUCACCAAGAGCGUUGACAGUAACUUUACUAUCUUACUGGGAUUGCAUUUGCAAUGUUUGGUUUGUUGGGAUAUAGCUCCUCCCUCUUCUUGUUCUCUCC